AUGAUUGAAUCUUUAUCAAAUAUUCUCGCUAAUUUUCCAUCAACUUAUAUAAUAAAUGGACAAAAUAAUCAACAACAUAUAACAUUUGCAUUUGGUUAUGGUUCUGGUGUUUUAAAACAACAACAAGAUAUAAAAAAAUCAACAAUUCAAAAUCAAAUUGAUCUUAUUUUCGUUGUCAAUAAUUCAUUUAAAUUUCAUGAAGAAAAUCUUAAAUUAAAUCCACAUCAUUAUUCAUUUUUAAGACAUUUUGGUGUAUCAACAAUAACACGUAUACAAGAAACAAGAGGAGCUAGAAUUUAUUUUAAUCCAUAUAUAAAAUUUAAUAAUGAUUCGAAUACACUUUAUAAAUAUGGAAUUAUUUCACGAAAACAUCUUAUUAGAGAUUUACUUGAUUGGGAAACACUUUAUGUUGCUGGUCGUCUUCAAAAACCAGUUAGUGUCAUACAAAUUGAUCAAAACGAUCAAGAUUUAAUCUAUGCACUUAAAACGAAUUUAAAUAGCGCAUUACAUGUUGCUUUACUUCUGUUACCUGAAGAAUUUACAUUAAAAGAUUUAUUUCUUAAAAUAACAGCUCUUUCAUAUCAAGGUGAUUUUCGUAUGUAUAUUGGAGAAAAUAAAAAUAAAAUAUCAAAUAUAGUUCUACCACAAAUUGAUUUAUUUAUUAAUCUUUAUUCAAAUUUAAUAUUAAAUGAUACACAUUUACAUUGGAAUAAAAAUCGAACAUUAGAUACAAUUGUUAAACAAGAUGUAACACCAAUAGCAAUAUUUACACGUUUACUUGCUUUACCUAAACAUGUUAUUAAUAAUAUAAUGGAAUUAACAACAUUAAAAACAAGACAAUAUCAAGAUACAGAAGAAGUGAUUAGAAAAUUAUGUCUUAGUACACAACGAACAGAAAAAAUUGAAUAUGCUGUACGAUCAAUUGUUAAAAGAUCAAGUUUAACACAAACAUUUAAGGGUCUUUUAACUGCUGGUUUUAUUCGUAGUACUCGUUAUGCUUUAGCGAAAUUAAAAAAGAUGAUACGUUGA